AUGAAUGGGAAACUUCCCACCUCGGCGUUCAUGUUGGUGACGUCACUUGCUUACGUCAUUUUUGCUCAAGUCGACGAUUCAAUAACGUACGAAUUGGCGGACGUUGGGGAUGAUUUAACCUUGAAAUGCGCACUGCAGCUAGCAAACAACGACCAAAUUAAUUGGAACAACCCAAAAGGGAAACUGAUAAUUGCUAAUGAUAAAUUUGUUUUCGGCACAAACAGCUCGAACCCGUCAGCCGGUUCUAACAAUUAUAACACGAUGACGAUAACCGAUCUCAGUCUGCAGGACGCUGGCCGUUAUACGUGUCAAGCGAGCAGUGAUAAGUCUCUCAAAACCAUCGUGGUUGUUGUUUUUGAUACUGUGAAAGUUUGGGUAGAUCCAACUCAGGGAUUGAAAGUCGGCGAUCCGAUGAGAAUAAACUGCACAGUGACAUACAGUAUAGAAAAAUUAUCAACUUUAGCCCAGCGAUUGACUUUCGUAAUUAGCGUUGGUAACCAGCAGCUGACCACAAUGGAGUCAAGUUCGCCUGAUACCACCGCUUCUGGAACUGUCAAUAAGUGGAUUUCAUACAACACCACCGCCACCAACGAGAUGAAGACCAACAACAUAACCUGCCUCCUGCAAACAGACGAUAAUUCGUACUCUCAGGCUGGAUUUGGAAGGGCCAACAUACCAUUCGCUCCAACGGUCUCCGACAUACAAGUCCUCAACAUGCAAAGAUCCUACCAGGCGAAAGAUGUCGUACAAUGUUCAAUAAUCAGUAACCCACCAUCUACCGUCACUUGGAUCCUUAAUGGUACCGGUUUAACUAAUUGUAUUGGUAGCACCUCCAACAAUCCUGGGACGAUUUCUUCUGGACCUGGCUACUCUACACUUAGUUUUAACUGCCUAGGAACUCAAACUUGGAUCUGCACGGGUCGUUAUCAGAAUACAGAUGGCAUUAUGGUUAACGUUAAUAAGACGUUUACGUUUUCAGAACUAAACAAUUCUUUAGUGCUCGAUUCAAACAACAACACAGUCGUGCCCUCUGGAGCAGUUAACAAUGGAAAGCCAAGCAUCAUUGGAAAGAAUGAAGGUGUAUUAAGUUACGCCGGCACGCCGCAUUGCUACAUUAGCAUAAAUUAUUUGUUACAAUAUUACGAUGACAAAAAAUUUCUAGUUGAUGCGGUUGGCAUCGGCGUCGGUGUUGGAGUUGGCGUCGGAGUUCCGCUACUCAUCGGCCUCAUCCUGCUCAUCUGCUGUCUCAGCAAAAGAAAAAGCGAGGCCAAAGACGCAAAGAAAAAGCCUCCUCUAAAAGAGCAACAAAAGCAGCCGACAAAAACGCAACAGCAGCCGCAGCAACCUAAUCCUUACAAACCAAAAAAUGCGACUGUGAGUCUCCAGGCAAAUCCUGCCUUCCACGCCCCACCAGUUUUGACCCAACAAAUGAACCCUAACGGACAACCGGUAACCGUUGGAGCCCCUGGUUUCCCUGACAUCGGGGUGAAACAUUUGGGGGGUAGCGGGAGCAUCCCUCAGCUGAAUGAAUCUUACGAUAACCAGGCCUACCAAAACACAGUCUCCGCCAAUAAUGUUAAAAUUGAUUUCGGGAAAGCCGCUCUGGGUGGGGUGACAAAUAUUUGAAUUCCCUCCCCCUCUCUUUUUUUCUCACUUUCUCACUCUCUCUCUCUCUCUCUAGCUUUUUCUCUCCUCUUUUAAAUUUAAAAUUAUCAAUUGAAUAUGCUGAAAUUUUAAUGAUCUUUUUAUAUAUGAGUGAAUGACUUAAUGAAUGAAUGAUUGAAUGAUAAAUAAUUAAUUGAUUAAUUAUAUGGUAAUAAAAUCCAUGCAUUUAUUUUAUGUAUCAUACAUUUUUACAAACUAAUAUUAAUCAUUAGAAGAUAUCUACUUCUGUUUUUAUAUGCCCAUGUAAGAUUUUAUGUAAUCUAUAUCAAGAAUGAUGUAUGUGUGUUUGUGUGUGUGUGUGUGUGUGUGUGUGUGUGUGUGUGUGUGUAGCAGCAUUGUUUUACAUAAUGAUAUACUCAAAUAUUUUUAUCUUUACAAGUUAUUGCUAACAGUUUUUUGAUUUGUUUGAAAUCUUCGCAAAAUUUAUAAUAGCUAUAUCUUGCUUACAUUACAUUUGACGUGAUCUUAUAUCUUGAUAUCUUAUAUCAUAUAUCAUUGCCUUACGAGGCAUGUAUAAAUUGUUCUUUAUAUGUAAGAAUUUUCUGUUGUUAUUAUUAUUAUUAUUAUUGUUUAUUGCGUCAUCGUUGUUGUUUUUUUGUUUUGUUUACUGCAUAGAAUUUAUUUAUUAAUUCCAUUUUAUUUCUCUUUUUUGUUAUUGCUUUUGAUGGUCAUGUAGUUUGAAAAAUUUUCCAGAUCCGAGUUCCGAAUUUCUGAAAAUUUCUUAAACUAUUGCAACAUAAUUUCAUCUUACUGAAUAGAAAAAGACCCUUUAGAAGAGUCUUAAAAAUACCUUCAAAAAUUCCAAUUCCAGCCAAAAUCUCAGACCUAUACAAGUUUGGUUGACACCACGGAGGAAAUGGCAACAAAAGAAUUGUAUAGAGAAUUUUAAAAAUUCCAUACCCAUCUACUUAAGCUGUUUUGUUUCACUAGUUUUUCUUCUUUUUUUUUCUUGAAUACAGAUCAAAAUUGAACAGUGUGUGAGUAUGCGUGCGUGUUUGUGUGUGUUUGUGUGUAUGAUUCUGCAGCAUUCUACAUUCAGUUGAUUUGUAACCUUAGCCUUACACACUCAUGCGCACACAUUCGUGCACACACACACACACACACACACACACAUGCAUACUCACACAACCACACACAUGCAUACUCACACACACACACACACACACACACACACACACACACACACACACACACACAUAUAUAUAUAUAUAUAUAUAUAUUGACAGCAUGACAUAAAGAAAUUUAUAUUUUGUUGUUGUUUUUUAUAUUAUGAGUUAAAUUUAUUAUAUUAUUACAAUUAUUACUCAUUAAUAUUACUUCUAUUAUCGUUAUGAGUUAAAUUUAUUAUAUUAUUAUAAUUAUUACUCAUUAAUAUUACUUCUAUUAUCGUUAUUGUUGUUUGUGACGUCACGCUCAUAUUCUAACGCCUCAGCAUCAUCAUUUGGUUACUCAUUGGGCAGUUUUCAAUAUCUUGUCGGUUCAAAAAUUUGAUCGUUCACAUGUCGUGUUUAAUAAUAAUAUUAGUAAUAAUAAUAUUAUUUUUAUUAUUAUUCUUAUUCUUCUUAUUAUUAUUAUAAUUGUUAAAUCAUAACUCACAAAUAGUUUUUAUAAAGCAAACUUUUUAUUUCUUCAAAUAAUUCGUCUGAAAGUUCCCUAGUUUAGUUAGCAUAGAAAUAAGAAUGGAAUGCUGAUUUAUUAUUAAUUAAUUAAUUA